GGCUAUCCCUGCUGCCCAGCUGACCCUAACACGUAGUCUGAUGGUAUCCGAUAGAGGUUUGCACUGCAAGUCUAACCCCAUCCACAUUUUACCCAAAGCCUACUUGGUAACCGCCUUGCAAGUAACGAGAGACAUAACUUGUCAAUUUCAAAAUGUUUCCUGAGCCACAACAUUAGUAAAUUAUACAAUAUGACAUUAUCUAGUAGGGGUUGGCCAUUCGCUUCGUCGGUAGGAAGGACGCUAGGCUCUCCUUACUCCGGCUACCGCGGGAACAACACCAUAUAUCCGGACGAAUCAUGGAAAGGUUCCCUCCGGAAGUAUCCCUACCCGAGCGGAGCGUCGGCCUCAGUGCGCCGAGCGCGGAGUGCAUCGCCCAGGCGCAAAACUGGCAAAGAAAGAGCAGCAACACAACGACAGGCACUACAGGACAUCCUCGCAAGGAUUGACCAUACACAAGGCGACUUACAAGUGCUCGCGGAGAAUGUUGCGCACUGGUCGAAGGAGGCUGCCGCCCUGUCAGCCGGCCUUAAGGAGGAAGCGAUGCUGCUGGAGUUGAGCCGCCAAGCUGGCAAGCUGGCGACCUCAGAAGCAAACCAACGCGACUUGCACGUGUACAGGUCAGCUGCUCUGAGCCCGUCUGGUGUCGCCAUCCGCGAGAAUGACUACCUCAGGAAUGAACUCCGUGGCAUGAUCCGCAUCUGCAAGCUCCUCCUGGAACGCACCCCCAGCCCCAACGACAUCGACCCCAGCCUCACGCACCGAGUGGCCGCCGCAACCGCCCGAGACGUCGCAUGGUCGUCCGCCGGUGGCGCCCCCGCCGGUGGCAGCGGCAGCGCCGGCAGUCGCGUUGCCGCAAGCAUCAGCGGCAGCGCCGGCGCCUCCUCGAGUCGGCGAGUGCACUUCAACCAGCCUAGCACCGCCGCGGCAGUUGCUCCCGCGGCUUCUGCUGCUGACCGCGCUACUGACUCCGUUAACGCCAGAGCACCCGCCGUUGUAACGGCGGAAGCCCUGCUGGCGAGCGCCCGCCAAGCCGUUGCCGCCGGCGUCGGUGCCGCCAGUGGCAGCGGCGGUAGCGGCGCCGGUAGCGGCAACGCUAGCGUCAGCAGCAGCGCUAGCGUCCGUUCGCCGUACAGCCCACCCUCUGUGUCGUACGCUCCGCCGCCGCCCGUGAUGCUUAGCAGCUCCUUCGUCGACCCUCCGCGUGUCAAAUCCCCAGGCAGCGGUAGUGCAUCAGCGAGCAGCGGCAGCGUAGCAGCUAGCGAAAGUGCCAGCCGUCAAGGCUCGUACGGCAGUAGCACGUACGGCAGCGGCGGCUUUAACUAUGAUCGGGCCUUUCAGGAGCAAGAGGCGGCUAAAGCUGCUGUUGCCGCUGAAGAAGCGGUAGCGGCAGCGGAGGCAGCGGAAGCUGCAGCCGCGGCGCAUGUGGCAGCUGCUGCAGCCGCUACGGCGGCAGCAGAAGCUAUGGCGGCGUUUGAGGUUGACGCACGGGCUAGGGGCAGCGGAGGCAGCGCGGCCUCGUCGGACGGGUACGGCCGGCAGAUGGACAUCGGUGGCUAUGUGGAUCAGGUCCAAGCUGCCAUGGAUGCAGCCGACCAGGCCAUUGCGGACCUCACGUCGGGCUUCACCAGCGACAGCGGCGACGGAGAUGAUGGCGCUGACGACGGAAUGCUGUACGAAAUCCAGGCUGACGUCGACGCCGACGUAGCCGUCAACGGCGUUGGCGGAGGACGCAACAUGGCCGUUGUCAGCGACGGCGGCGCCGCCGCUGGCCCCGGCGCUAGCGCUCCUAGCUUCUCCGGUUUCCUGGGUCGGGAGCAGCAAGAAGCGGCUGAGGAGGCGGAGGCGGAGGAAGCGUUGGAUGAGAUCACGGUGGCUGCAGACAGCAUCCCGGCAGACGACGAGGAGGAGGAGGAGGUUGCGGCAGCUGAACAGCAGCCAUGGGGGGCUGCAAAGCCGCUGUCGCCCCCGCAGCAGCCAUCGUACUUGCAGCAACCGCCGCCGUACUCAUCAACCUCAUUCAUGCCACGUCAGCAACAGCCGCAGCAGCAACCGCAGUCGCAGCAGCAGCGCUUUCCACGCGUGCCACCGCUGACGGAAAUCACCUCCGCUGCAUCCUCUCGCUCCGCACGUUCACCUCGCUCUCCCGCAGCGGCAACCGCUUCAACUGCAGCAUCCACGCCCGCGUCGCAAACCAGGAGGGCCCCGAGGGCUGCUGCUGCAUGGGAGGAACUGCUUGAAGAGGUCGAGCAGGAGCAUCAGCAGCAGUCUCAGCUGCAGCAGCAGCGUCGGCAGCAGCAGCAACAACAGCUGGUCAACGCAAAGGAGGACGCGGGGCAGCAAGAGCCGGUGCUAGGAACGCCCAUGGGAACGCCUGUGAAGGUGGCGGAGGGGGUGCCGGCAUCAUCUCCGGCCACGCCGGUCUACCAAGGCGCGUCGUAUGCCAUCGGGCCGUACCCUGCCAUCGGCGCCGCAGCUAGCGGCGGCUUUGGCCUUGGCAGAUCUGUCGUACAGGGCGUGCCUGUCGUCACGUCUACACCCGCUACCGUACGGCGCAUGGGGCCGCCGCCGCCGCCUCUACAGACGCCGGUGUCGCCCGUUGCUGCAAGCCCGCCGCUGCCGUCGAUGGGUCUGUCCACAACGACCGCUCCGUACUACUUAGGCUGCAGCAGCAAUAGCGGAAUCGCCGCCGCUGCCGCGGCAGCGGCAGCACCGUACGGCAGCCGCGCUUCUGGCACCGUACAGACGACGGCGUCCCCCGUCGCCGCGAGCGCGCCCGCCGCCGCCGGGGAGACUGCUGCCGUACCGUCGGCGGCGGUGGCGUUGGACGAGCUUCUGCUGGCGGAGGUUGAGAAGCUCAAGCAAGUCAAUCGGGCGCUUGCGGUGACACUGCAGUCGUACAAUCGCGUUACUGGCCGUCAUACGAUUGGCGGUGGCGCCGCCGCCGUCGACGGCAUGUUCAGUUCAUCCUUCACCGAUGCGGGUCCGCCGCCGACGGUGUCAUCCUUCGGUGCCGUAAAAGGCAGCGGAGACGGCAGUACGGCAGGUGCACGGCCAUCCUUCUCCACCGUCCGCGGCAGCGGCGGCGGCAGCGGCGGCAGUUCUGCUCCGCCCUUUGCUUCCAUUGCUAACUCAGCAGGGGCACCUGCGCCGGCGACGCCGCUGCGGUAUGCGGUUCCAGCUGCAAGUCCAAAGCCUGUGUCGCCCUCGGCCCUGUGGUACCCGUACGGCUACAAAGUUGUGACGGAUCCUCCGUUCCCCGCGUCGCCAAGGGCCGCCCAGCCGCCGCCGCCAACCCCUUCGUCCCCGUCGCCGCUGGCACAACGCCCGGUACCGGAGUGGGAAGCCGCUCCGCCGCCGCCAACUCGCAUGACGGCGACCGCCGCCGCCGCUGGAAGCACCGCCGGCGGCAGCGUCCGCAGCGCCAGUGGCGACCGCAGCGUCCGCAGCGCCAGUGGCGACGGCGGCGCCUCCGCUGGCUCCGACAAGGACGGUGUACGGCAGCUGGACGACUCCCUAGACAGCCAGUUGUACCAGAUCCGGCGGGAGCUAAGAGACAUCAGACAUGGACUCGUCUUGGACAGACUGAAGGUGCUCUCGGCCUCCGCCGCUGGCGGCACGCCAACAAGCGCUCUCGCCGGCGCUAGCGGUGCCGGUGGCGGCGUUGCUGCAGGGGCGUCAGUACCGGGACGUACGGCAGCCGCCCCCUAUCGUACGGCGGGCCUGGCGGAGCCGCCACUGACGUCAGCGUCGGCACCGACGGCGGCGGUUGCUUACGUCAGCAGCAGCGCCUAUCCGCCUCCGCCGGCGACGCCGCUGCAGUAUCGAGCUGCGCCGCCGCCGCCGCCGCCGCCGGCACCCUUGCCGUACUCUGACGCGCUGCAAGUGUCACGCAUGAAGGACGAGAUAGCGGACCUGCGUCGGCAGAUUACAAAUGAUAAGGUUUGGUAUAUGAACAGCUUGGAUAACGUGGUUACUGAGCGGACGGUUAUGUUUCAGGACAUGCAGCGGCGGCUGGAUCGCCUGAUGCUUUGGGGCGUUUGAUGUUGGUGUGGUGCGGGUUGGUGUACGUUUAUAACCGGUGGGAUAAUGCCUGGCUGACUGUCCCUGGCAUGCAUGCCCGCAUGCAAGAUGCGAAGGGACGUGACGAGCCGGAACCCUGUUGCCGUACCGUGGUUUGAACAUUACCAGCAGACAGGUGACUGCUUACUUUAAUUAUCGCUGACGUUGACGUUUGAGUCUUGCGAGCCUUAACAGACUACAUAACAGUUAAUUGGUGGUUGUGAACAUUCCGGACAAUGCUUGGACGUGUGGGGCGCACGAUAUCCCUGGACUUACAUUUCCACGUACUGCCCCGUUUGUUACACUUCUAUGCAUACAAAUCUUCUUGUGUGUGGGAAUAUGCGCUGUCGUACCGCGAUGUACGGUGCGUGUGACUAAUAUUUCGCGUUUCUGGAAAGCACUAACCACCGCAGGAGGGAUGCCUGCAGGGUGAACUAUUGCAUGGGGGCACUUGUAAGGGGGCGCGCCCGAUCCUGACCACGUUGUGGAUGUCUUGGUAGCAUUAAACGACUCCAUACCAAGUGAAUGGUUGACAUCUUGGUUUGUUGACAGCUUCCUAUUUGCCGGCUGAGAUUGACUGUUGGGCUGUUGGUUGCUGUACGGCCUUGUGAUUUGGCGGGAUGUACCCCGCAGGCAUGUUGUUUGGGGGAGUAUGUUUAUGUAAGGGAUGUAUGCAGGGAUGGCGGCGGCAGUUGUGGUAUCUCAAUUGGCCUUCCACACGGUUUGCCGGCUUAUCACCGUACGGCUAUGGCGGUUUUACAAUGCGUUGUUUGCGUUGUUUGUUACUGCUAACGAAAGGAGAUCUUGCGUUGCUUGUUUGUUACUGCAAAGGAAAGGGAAGGACGUACACGUUUUUCCACGAAAAGUCACCUGCAGCGUAUCAGCAAGCUAGGACCUCGUAGGUCACCUGACAUUGUACCACCACCUC